AAAAUGCUGAUCGUAUUUUCUAUACUACUCAUGCUCGGAAUUGGGCGAUGCACCGACGAUCACAUCUUUGCGACAAAGACUGUUGGUGUUGGACAAAAUGUGACUCUGACAUGUACCCGCCAGAAAUCUUGGCAAUCAACAAGUUUAUUUUGGAUCAGGCUUGUUUCAGGAACCUUUCCUGAAAUUUUAGGUGGAACAUUUGCCUUUGAUUAUGAUGUUGUUAAUGAGAUGACUCAUCACAUUACAACAAAACAAGAGCCUGGAACAUUUGUUCUGCAUAUUAACAAAACACAGUUAAGCGAUACUGCAGUCUACUACUGUAUAAAAGUGAAAAAAAGCAACAUGACAUUUUUGAGUGGAAUAUUUCUAAGAAUCAAAGGACCAGAACCUGAUAUCACUGCCAUCACUCAAGACUUUCCAUCUGAUCCAGUCCGUCCAGGAGACUCUGUGACUCCCCAGUGUUCAAUGCUCUCUGACUCUGAGAAUAAAAAGUGUCCAGAAGAACACAGAGUGUACUGGUUCAGAGCUGGAUCAGAUGAAUCUCAUCCCAGUUUUAUUUACGCUCAUGGAAACAGUGGUGAUGAAUGUGAAAAGAGUCCUGAGACUCGCUCUCCACAGAAAUGUGUCUACAACUUCUCUAAGAACGUCAGCUCCUCUGAUGCUGGGACUUACUACUGUGCUGUGGCCACAUGUGGGGAGAUAUUAUUUGGAAAUGGAACAAAACUGGACAUUGAAGUUGUCAACAGUUGUGAUUUAGAGAAGGCCAACACAAUUAUCUACGUGCUUUGUGCUGCUUUGGCUACAAGUCUGGUUGUAACAACCUUCCUCGUAUAUGGCAUGAAGAGAAAAUCUUGUGAUUGUUGCAAUGCUGCUGUUGCUCUGCAAACAAAUUCUGCAACAGCCAGUGGUGGUCAGCGAAGUCAGCAGAGAUAUCAGGACUCAUUGGUUUAUUCUGCACCAACCUUUACCAAGAAGAAAGCUGGCAAAGCAGGGAGAAGGAAUGCAAAAGCAGCAGAAGAAAACUGUAUCUACACUACUGCCAGGGUUUAAGGGUUAGAUUAAUUCACACAAAAGAUUUGUUAACUGAUUCUAAUAUAAAGUUUUUCUCUGUCACAUUAUCUGUGAAAAUAGUGUUUAAGCUGCUCUAGCACAUGCCUUUCACCUCUGAACUCUGUAACAUAAUGAUUUUUUUUAUUUUGGAUGAAAGAUGUUUUGUGUAUCAUUCUGUUUGUAUCAUUGUUUAAUAUAUUUAUUACUUCAGAAAAGAAAAUGAAUCAUCAUGCUGCAAAAAUAACAACAUUUAAUAGUUAAACAUUUGGAAUAGUCUUUAGCAUAUCAUAUCUUUUAAAUGUUGUUUACUGUCUCAAGCUUGUGAUGACACCCAAACUGGCUUUUUAAAAGAUUCAUCUUGAAAGAGUUGGUUUGAAAUGAAUUAGCCAUGAGGAGAGUUGCCUAUUUGCCUCUUUUAUCUGAUCUGUAUUUUUAAGCCUUGAAAAUCUCGUAUGACCCUCAUCUAUUAUCAGUGCAAUGCAAUAAAAUUGAUGUUUGUGUAAAUGUUUUACUUUAGUUUUAAAUAAACAAAUAUGCAUCAUG